AUGUGGACUCCGUUAGCGCUUUUAUUGCUGUUCGGUGGAGUUUAUUUGGAAACCAUCAAUCGUUUUACCAACAUCAAGUGUGAGGUGUUGGAUCCAUCCUAUUGCGCCUAUAAGGAGUGUCGUCUAAAUGUUCUGGGUCGCGACAUUAUAGGCUUAAAUGUCCAUGCCAUACUUUUGAAAGGACCAUUCAAUAAUGCUAAAGUAAAUCUCAGCCUUUUACGUAAAUAUAAUGGAUUUCGUCCAUUUAUGUUCAAUCACACCUUAGAUUUU